AUGGAAGAUGAACUUGAGGAGUUUGUGAGAAACGAUGUCUGGGAACUGUCAAAACUUUCUGGACAAGGAUACUCGAAAAUAGAAGGAGUCGACUUUGAUGAAACAUUUGCCCCUGUAGCACGGCUGGAGUGUAUCAGACUAUUCUUGGGUAUGGCAUGCAUACUGAACUUCAAAGUACAUCAGAUGGAUGUUAAGAGUGCUUUCUUUAUUGGCAUUCUUCAUGAGGAAGUGUAUGUAGCUCAGUCGAAGGGUUUUGAAGAUCCUACGCAUCCUGAGUAUGUGUACAAGUUGAAGAAAGCUCUUUGA